UUUGGCUUAAAGGAGACGCAACAAAGCGUACAAGAUGGUGGCGCUCCAGGGCCGCGAGAAUAAGUAGGUUUACUAUAGCUUUAAGAACGCCAAAAUAGUGGCUGCUUCUUUAAAAUUAUAUCCCUUUAUUGCCGCAUCGAUAAUUAAGAAAAAGUUUUCGAUAUCUCAUCGAUAAUUUAACGCGUAAAAUUAGCGACGAGCACAACGCGCACAGAAAUGCCUCACUGUUUGAUAAAGGCCUCUCGCUGUAAAAACGUAUUUAAAGCUGGUACGCGCUUAUCCUUCUAACAGUCGUGAUUUAGAGGGCGGUGGGUUCGUGUUUUGCUGAUGGAACCUACAAGCGAGCGACCUGAUGAUGUGAAUAAAGGUGACGAGCUUGCGGAGGACAAGGCCGCAGAGCAGACCCCGGCCCCCAGUACGCCGGACACCCCGCGGAGGGGCCUGAGGAACGGGCGCUCCCGGUCAGGUGUCGCGGCUGACGUAAACGGGGCUGUAACCAGCCCACAGCAGAGCUCCGGCCGCGUUCUGAGAGAUCGCUCCACGAGGUCCGUACCGGCCUGGCUGAAGGACGCCAAGAGCGAUGGAGAGGAAGAGGAAAGUGCGGACAGUGGAGCGAGCAAGCGGAGGAAAGUCUCCAACUCCCGGCGCAAGAAGAACGUCGAGCCCGUGGGUUUGGUGGAUGUUGGCGGUGAAGUAGCAGCUGACAGCCUUCAAGGAACUGACUCGGAUGACUCCAAGGAACCUGUCCCAAAUGCUCAAGCACUGCCCCCUCGAAGGCUCCCGACCCAGAUCCGGUCCAAGCCUUCAGCACCCAAGACUGUGUCUGGUUCUGCUAAGCCUGUGUUUAAGACUGAGCCAGGAGUAGAGAGUCAAGCUGCCACUGAUGAUGAGUUGAAAGUGAAAGAAAAGUGUGACAUAGAAAAGAAAGAGGAAGUGGAUGAUGUCUCAGAGCCUGCGAUGGUGGACGAAGAUGACCCAGACUUCAAGGACGACCCCAAUGACCCGAACUUUGAGCCCGAGGACAGUGCCAGCGGUGCAGAUGAGAUCAUCAGCAGCGAUGAAGACCUUCCGUUUUCCGAUGACCUGAACGAUCAGAGCUAUGACCCGAAGGCUGAAAGGGACCCAAGUAAAGUAAAGCGCAAAGUCCCUCCCAGACAGCGGGAGCGGGAGAGGAGAGAGAAAGCCCCCAAGAAGGAAAGUGCGGGGACUGAGAUAAAGGUUGAAGGUUCAGACAACGUGGAGAGUGUGGAGGAGGAACCGAAGGUGGAAGAAGAGAAAGUCGACGACCCAAAUGGACCCAGGAAGAGAGGUCGGCGGAAGAAAGAUGACAAAACACCACGGCUGCCAAAGAGGAGGAAGAAGCCCCCUGUGCAGUACGUUCGCUGUGAGAUUGAGGGGUGUGGCACAGUCCUGGCUCAUCCUCGCUAUCUGCAGCAUCACAUAAAAUACCAGCACUUACUGAAAAAGAAGUACGUUUGCCCUCACCCAUCUUGCGGGAGACUUUUCCGGCUGCAGAAACAGCUGCUUCGUCACGCCAAACAUCACACAGACCAGAGAGACUACAUCUGUGAGUUCUGCGCUCGUGCCUUCAAGAGCUCCCACAACCUGGCCGUGCACCGGAUGAUCCACACAGGAGAGAAGCCCCUCCAAUGUGAAAUCUGCGGCUUCACCUGCCGCCAGAAAGCGUCUCUGAACUGGCACAUGAAGAAGCACGACGCCGACGCCACCUACCAGUUCGCCUGCUCCAUCUGCGGGAAGAAGUUUGAGAAGAAAGACUGCGUGGUGGCGCACAAGGCCAAGAGUCACCCGGAGGUCCUCAUCGCAGAGGCGCUGGCCGCCAACGCCGGCGCGCUCAUCACGACGCCUGCCGCUCUCUUGGAGCUCCCUGGGAACUCCAUGCAGACCGGGGUCGUCAGCGUGGAGGCACAGAGCGAGCCCGCGGGCCCGGAGGAGGCGCCGCAAGUCGCUGCGGUGGGUCACCAAGUCGUCGUUCUGGGUCAAGAGCGGAACCUCCACAACAUGCAGGUUCCCGUGACAAUAUCGCUGUCCCCCAUCGACCCUCCAUCCCCUGCUGACGCCCAGCAGCAGACUCACCUGCAGCUGCAGAUGCCUGUUCAGUUUGUGCAGGCGCCGCCGCCACAGCCAGCCCAAAUCCAGCACCUGACCCUCCACCCGGGCGGCGUGGUGACCCAGCAGCAGCCCCAGCUUCACCCUCUCCAGUCGUAUACCUCGCAGCAACAGCAGCAGUGUCAGGGCCAGAUCUUGCAGAUGAGCUUCCAGCCAGUGAGCCAGGCACAGACUCCCAGCUCCUCCAUCAUGGCCACCACGGCGGCCCAGCACACGCCCACCACCAACUGCUUCACCCUGGACAGCCCUGCGCUGAGCUCGCCCUCUCAGCCUGCUGGCUCGGAAGCGGUGCGGGACGACACCGUGGUUUGGCAGCAGACAGGAUGAGGGCGUCAUUAACAACCUAACAUACUGUAUGUGUUUGAGAUACAAGUAGGGAGACGGCUCCAUCGCCUACUUUGACUUGUCUACUGGGUAGCUUUUUAGAAGAAUCAGGGAAAGACGUGUCCAUGUUGGUCUGUGUAAGUCGUUGCCUUUGUACAUAACAUUCCUGUAAACGUCACUAGCCUUUUAAUGUGAGAGCACCGAUGAUAUGCAAAGCCGUCGGGUCAUGGAGAGCGUCGUUCUCUCCGGAACGUAGCAACAUAAUUUAUGUUUUGACACGUAAGAAAAUGAUUCAUCGAGAUUUCAGUUCAUUUAUUGUGUCCUUUAUAAACCUUCGCCUGACAAGGUUGACAGAACAAGUUUUUAACAGUCUUAAUGAAGAACAACAGUUGUUAAACGUCUAGAAUGAAGUUGCAUAUUAAACACGUUUGUCAGUG